GACGGCGGCGGGAGCAUGGCGGAGCCGCUGAGGAAGCGGGGUCGGCGGCCCCGGGGCGGCGCCGCGGGGCGCGGGGCGCGGGGGUCGCGCGGCGGCCGGGGCCGGCGUCCUCGCGUCCAGGGCGCCCCGGCGCGGCGCGCCCUGGACUCGGUGCUGGUGGAUUUGGUGAGCGACAGCGACGAGGAUGUCCUGGAGGUGCCCGCGGAGCGCGGCGCCGCCGGCCCGGCCGAGAUCCCGCCGCCCGCGCCCCCCGCGGCCCCCGCGGCCCCCGCGCCCCCCGCGGCCCCCGCGCCCCCCGCGCCCCGCGACGACAGCGACACUGACAGCGACGGGGCGGGCGCGGGGGGCGCCCCGCGGGCGCUGGUGCGGCGGCGGCGGCGGCGGCUGCUGGAUCCCGGGGAGGCCCCGGUGGUUCCCGUGUACUCGGCCAAGGUGAAAAACAGCCUCCACCUCAUCCCCGACCACCUGUCCCUCUUGAAACUCUGCCCCCCAGAGGCUGAGGAAGAAGACACUGAUAUAGCCAACUCGAGUAGUCCCCGCUCUGUGGAGUCUCCAGUGCCAGAGUCUCCCUGGAAGAAGAAGCUGCGGCAAGAGGAUGAAGAUGAGAAGGAUGCGAUGUUUCUGAUUCCAGAGACCUCACCUUUGACCUCGUCUCUGCCAAGGACCAAAAACAGAAAACAUACUCAGGCGCUGCAGAAGUUAAGGGAGGUGAACAGGCGCCUCGAGGAUCUACGCUCCUGCCUGAGCCCCAAGCAGCGCCGGGGCCAGGACCUCUUGAACGAAGAGGAUGAGGUCAUCUUGGUGGAGGGGCCCACCCUCCCGGAGAACCCCCGGCUCUUCCCGCUCAAAGUCCGCUGCCGGGCUGACCUCAUCAGGUUGCCCGUCAGAAUGUCGGAGCCCUUGCAGAGCGUGGUGGAUCACAUGGCCGCCCGGCUCGGCGUGUCCCCAAGCAGGAUCCUCUUGCUCUUCGGAGAGACAGAGCUGUCCCCUUCUGCUACCCCCAGGAGCCUGAAGCUUGGGGUGGCCGACAUCCUUGACUGUGUGGUCCUGGCAAGUCCUCCGGAGACCUCGGACUCAUCCCAGCUGCUGCAGCUGCGGGUGCAGGGCAAGGAGAAGCACCAGACGCUGGAAGUCUCGCUGUCCUCCGACUCUCCUCUCAGGACCCUCAUGUGCCGCUACGAGGAGGCCAUGGGCCUCUCGGGCCACAAGCUCUCGUUCUUCUUCGACGGGACGAAGCUUUCAGGCAAGGAGCUGCCAGCUGACCUGGGCAUGGAAUCCGGGGACCUCAUUGAGGUGUGGGGCUGAAACCCCACUCGCUGUUGGCAAGCCCGGCCGGGAUCUGGGGAGAACAGCUGCCCCUCUCUCACUGCAGAAGGGCUGAGGGGAGCUUAGGGGGAGUUAACCUGAAAGCAGAAAUGGACUUGAGGCAUGAUCUUUGACCUUGGUUUUCAGCCCAGUCACCUGGUUGGUUUGUGGCCAGUGAUGUUGCCUUGUGUGAACUGUGUCCCCGUCUCCAGGGUGCUGCGCUUGUAGCGGCCCGAGCCAUAGAGAACGAUUCCCUUCCCUUCUCGCUCUGCUACCCUCCCCUCCACCCCCCAUUGAUGACUGGGACACCGUUCAGCUCUAGAGUGAUUUGGACAAGGUUCCAGUCUUGGGAUGGAUGCCCACGUCUGGGGCUAGCAGUGGCCUUUGUGUCACUGGGGUGAGUUUGCUUAAGCUGCCUGCGUGGUGUGGUGCCCUGCUGGCGAGAGCACCGUCACCGAAGCUCAGCACUGCAGCUGGGGCCCAGGUGGGCACGGGGCAUUGUUCCGCAGGACCCGCUCCUGAGGGUUCUCACUGGGUCCCAGAGCCUCUGUGCUCAGCCUGUUCAGUCUGGAUCUCAAGACUGUCACCUGCAGAGGUCCUGGCUGGAUAUUUUUCUCUCUUUUUCACAUCUUCCUUCCCCUCAGGCCGGCUCUUUGGCGUUCACACCAAUGUACCCAUGUGAGGUGGCGUGGGCGUGAAUAGUCCUUCGGCGGCGGCUCUGUUCUGUUCAUGGCACUGGGUUUUUCACUCCCCCUCCCUUUGUGUUGCUUCAUCUCCGUCUCUCGUGCUGCUUGAACUGCCCUGUGGCGCUUGUUCCACUGCUCGAUGGCGGGCCCCGGUGACUCCAGCGCCCCCAGCCACUGCACGAGGCCACCGAGAGCCUGCUGUCGCGUGUCCUCGCCCAUGUCUGUGUGGGAAGGACCCAGGAUGGGACGCCGGGCCAGCAUGGUUCCUCCCAGCUGAGGCCUCCCCGCUGCUGCUUCUUGUCCACUCUGUUUUUUCCUUCUUGACCAGUGCUUGGAGGACCAUGCAGUGCCCCAGGGGACCAUAUUUGUGCUGCUGGGGAAUCAAAUUUGGGCUCCCACAUGCAAAGCCCGUGUUCCAGCCCUUCGGCCAUCUCCCCGCUUCUUUGCCCACUGUCUGUCUGAUGGGUGUAAACUGGAGCCUUGUAAUGUGCAUGCAGUGGGUCACCAGUAACUGGGUGAGAUUUCUUCGAAUCUCCAUCAGCCUCCCCAAUUUCCCUUUCUGCUCCUUCAUAUUUGUUUCCUGCUGGGGGGCUUCCGUCCUUGUAUUUGUCCUCGGAGUGAUCCUCUGUCCUGGGAACCUGCUGUGUGAAUAGGGGUGUCUUUCACUGAACAGGAACUCUUCAUAUCUUUUGUGUAGAUGUAUGAACUAUUUUGUUAUUUGUUGCUUUUGGAUUUCUUAUUUAAAAUGAGCUGCUUUACUGUUCUUCCUGUUUAUAUUUCCUUUCCUGCUUAGACCACGAACAGGACUCAGGCAAAACAGUGUCUGCGGGGGCGUGCUUUGCCUGGCCUCUGUUCUGUGUGGUCUAACGUUUGUUCCCUAGUUGAAGCCAGGCUUUACUGGCUGUUAAAUAUAGAAGUGAAUAAAAAUUUAAACUAUUUAAAUCAAAAUUCACUUUUGUAUCUGAAAUACAGGUCUGGUCAUAAACAUAGAUUUUACGAAUAAGGAGCCAGUUCUUUUACCAUUCUCUACUAAUAAAGCCAUUAAUUUUU